CAACAUAAACACAUUUUGGAAUAUUUUUGUAUUCGGUCGUGUAAAAAUGUAAACAUAACGAACUAUUAACGAUGUAAAACGUGGCCCGUGAACUCUAGUUUGGUUUCCACGAGUUGGUCGGUUUGAAUGUUGAAGUUCUAUUGUGAUACUUGGGGGCUUUUGAUAAAUUGGUGUGAGUCUUAUUAGCUAGCCUAGCUAACGUAGCUAGUCAGCUAGCUAAUGGGCUCUGUCUAACCUUGAUAACGCUGAGUAGUCUAUGCUGUCUAACUAUUUAUCCCAAUGUGCUUUCUCCUUCGCUGUAGCUCUUGGUUUUGCAUGCAGUGUCAUGCAAAAAAGCUAACUUUUCUCCCCGUAUCUGGCUAGUUUCUCUCACUUAAGUUUACGUUACUUGCUUGCUAUUUUAUCUUUACCCCCAUGAGGACUAAUUUUAACCAUAUGUUCAUCAAAUCAGAUUUGGGCCGUUCUUUGGUCAAACGCCUCGCUUCCCAAUGGCGGACAACAGUUCUUCUGUCCUGCUCAACACCGGGGCACGGAUGCCUCUGCUAGGUUUGGGUACAUACCGUCUGCAAGGUACUGAGGACACCUACCGAGCUAUGGAUGCCGCAUUGACAGCAGGUUACCGAGCAUUUGAUACGGCAGCAGUCUACCGCAAUGAGGCGGACAUUGGUCGGGCUCUUCGCAUCCUGCUGCCUAAACAUAGGCUUUCCCGGGGAGAUGUGUUCAUAACCAGCAAGCUGAGUCCCAAGGACCAGGGCUGCAAAGCCAGGGAUGGCUGUAUGAGGAGUCUCGAACAGCUGGGGCUGGACUACAUUGACCUGUAUCUUAUCCACUGGCCUGGUACACAGGGUUUGCAUGUGGAGGAUAAGCAAAACACAGGCAACCGCUCCCAGAGCUGGGAAACCCUGGAGGAAUUCCAUGCUGAGGGAAAGUUCUGUGCUAUCGGAGUGUCAAAUUACACCACAAGACAUAUGCAGGAGCUCCUGAGGGGCUGCAGAGUCUUUCCAGCGGUCCUCCAGGUGGAGUUCCACCCCAGGCUGGCCCAGAGGGAGCUCCGAGUGUUGUGUGAGGAGAGUGGAGUGAGUUUCCAGGCCUACUCCUCCCUGGGGACUGGGGUACUCCUCUCUGAUCCUGUUGUUCAAGAGGUGGCAGCAAGGUGUGAAAGAACUCCAUCUCAGGUUCUUCUCAGGUGGGCUGUGCAGCAGAAUGUGCCCGUGCUGCCAAAAUCACGCCAGCCUAGUCGCGUGCAGGAGAACGGGCGACUGUUUGACUUUGAGCUCAGUGACAGCGACAUGGUUCAACUUUCUGCUCUGGACUGUGGGCAGAGGUUCUGCUGGGACCCCACACUGGUGGUUUAGAACACCUCCAGACACUCUUCAGUGACAGAAACAGUAUCCUGGAUGAUAACACUUUUGUAGGUCAGCUGCUUUAGCUGAAUAUUGAUUGUUGAAUAAAUUGUUGGUUUAUGAGUUUA